AUGGAAAUUUCAGGGUUCAAGGCCUAUAUUUUGAUUCUUUCUGCAUGUGGAUCAGUUUAUCUUGUAAAGUUUACUUAGCUAGGCUUAGGAAUUGCUCUUUGCACUGAUUAUGAAUAUGUGGAAAUCAAAAACAAAUUUAAAGGAGGGAUCGCCUGCAUUAUAGCGUCUCUGGUAUAUGGAAGUGUUGUUGCUUUUUGGGCUGUACAGAAAUAUAAGAGCAGAAGGAGAAAACCAAAAAGAAACUAUAGAGUAAACACAGAAGCUGAAGGAAUACAACUUUUACCUCUACGAUCUAAUUAA